CCGCCCCGCCGCGGAAAGUUACUUCGGAGACGGGGGGACGCGGGCAGCAUGGACAUGAAGAAGAGGAUCCACCUGGAGCUGCGCAACCGGACCCCGGCCGCGGUUCGAGAACUUGUCCUGGACAAUUGCAAAUCAAAUGAUGGAAAAAUUGAGGGCUUAACGGAUGAAUUUGUGAAUUUAGAAUUACUUAGUUUAAUAAAUGUAUGCUUGAUUUGUUCAAAUCUCCCCAAGCUACCUAAAUUGAAAAAGCUUGAGCUCAGUGAAAAUAUAGUGUUUGGAGGUGUUGGACAUGUUAGCAGAAAAACUUCAAAUCUUACGCAUCUAAAUUUAAGUGGAAAUAAGCUGAAAGAUAUCAGCACCUUAGAACCUUUGAAAAAGUUGGGAUAUCUGAGAAGCCUGGAUCUGUUUAACUGUGAAGUUACUUACCUGAAUGACUACCGAGAGAGUGUCUUCAAGCUCUUGCCCCAGCUGACCUACCUGGAUGGCUAUGACCGAGAUGAUAGAGAAGCUCCUGAUUCAGACACUGAGGUAGACGGUGCAGAUGAAGAGGAGGAGGAUGAAGAAGGAGAAGAUGAGAGGAUGAAGAGGAUGAGGAUGGAAGAAGAUUUUGCCAGGAUAGGAGAAGUUGAUGAAGAUGAUGAGGAUGAAGAUGAGGAUGAGGAUGAGGAUGAAGAGGAAGAGGAGGAAGAAAGCGUGAAAGGUGAAAAGAGGAAGAGAGAAACAGAUGAUGAAGGAGAAGAUGAUUAA